AUGCUUCAACCACGGUCUUUCCUCUUCACGCGAUCAUCCUCUCCUUCUCCUUCCCCUUCUCCAAACCACCUAGAAAUAAAACAUGAGCGUCCGGAGAGAAAGAGCAAACCUCUCACAAACACGAAGGACAUGUCGUCCAGAACAUCAACAGCGACAUCUACCGAGAGUUCGAGACCGACCACCCCAUCUUCUCCAGUUAUCAUACCCCGAGGUCAGAACGCCGUAGCACACGAUCGUAAACGACCGCAGCGUAUAAACGAGAAGAGACAAAAUGCGCGUGCCGAGAGGAGGCUGAGGCCCGAUGUCCCUCCAUCAGUCGCGAUAUUACUCGCGACGACCUCGAUCCCUCCUCAGAUGCGGCGCAGGAGUGGUGCAAGUCAAAGGUUGACUGUGGAUGCUAUACUCAAACACACGGGAGAGGCGGAGAAGGAUUCUGUUAUGUCUCUAGGGAAGAGCCCGGGGGAUCUACUGCUCUCUCUACUGGACGAGGAUGAAGAUAUUGCUGAUAGCGAAGCUGGGCGCGAGUCGGUGCUAUCAACAAGGACUAUGUCCAGUGAAUCCAUGCCUUCUUUGGACGACGAUGGAUCCAUGUCCGAGGCUUCACCUUCCUUCAAUUCAUUUGUAACUCCUGGGUCUGGAUCUCGCGGCAGAAGGCUUACGGCUUCCCGAAGGAUACAAUCACUCUCAUUUCCGCUCUUGGUUUCCUCCGAAAGUCACCCAUUAUCGGACGUUGAUGUUGAUGAGCUUGAUUUCCGAGUCUUUCAGAAAUCACCAGAGAAGGAGGACGACAAGUCCAGCAUCGAGACAGAGUCGCCCCGACGCAAAUCGGCAUUCAAAUCUAAUCUAACGGCUUCACUAAAGGCACUGAGGUCUGCUGCAAGAUCAUUCUCUAGUCUCACCACGCCUAUGAUCACACCCGACGACUUCCUUACAAGAUCGAUCAUCUCUAUUGAUCCUCAAGUACCAUUUACAGAUGAAAGAAUGCCCCCUCGUCUCGAAGACACUCCAACUCCAGCGCUUCGCCGAUAUCUCAAUCCUACUACGAAUGCCCCCAUCGAGGCUCAUGUUCCACAUUCGCACACCCAGACCAUGAAUUCUACGGCUUGUACAGCUUCGAUACAGAUGCAGACCUACAAGGUAUCUCGCUCAACUAAAGGAACUUCACCUGUGGUUAUUAGCCGACGGACCAUACCGACCCCGGAAGAUGUGGCCGAGGUCGCCGCCGGACCAUUGGCGCGACAGAGGGACAUGCGGGAGAAUAGUGAUUUCAUUCGAGUGGCCGUCAUGGAAAUGCUUAUGCGGAAGAAGGGAAAGCUGGAUGACCAGAAGCCUGGAAGGGCGCGAUGGGCUUUGCCUCCGAGGAUACCGCCGACGAAGCCUUACGAAAUCUCUGAGAACGGAGUUCCAGCAAGGUGGGUCGCCUACACGAAUUAA